AUGAAAAGAAGAGCAUCAAGCCCAUUACAAGAUUCAGCUAAUACAUCAAAGAGUCCAAGUCCUAUUACAGACGAUUGGUCUCCUUUUUUUCAAAGAUUAGUUAAAAUAUUUCAUGAAAUAAAUACUCAUUUAACAUUUUUAUCUUCACAUUCACGUAGUAUUAUACCUUCAAUACAAUUAAUUCAAAAAUUAAAUAAUACUAUAACAGAAACUGAUUUAGCAAUUAUUAAAUUUUUAUUUCCAGAAGAUGAAGUAUUUUUUGAUUAUGUUGAUGAAAAUCAAAUAAUGGUUUCAUUUAUGGAAGAAGUUAAAGUUGGUAAAAAAGGUUAUGAUCAAAAACCAGUUGCUGAUAGAUAUGAUGAAGAUAAACCAACAAAUAGUAAACAAUUAUUAAUAUUUGAUUUUCAAGAUGUUAAGAUUCAUGGAAUUGGUAAGAUGGUUAAAGGUAGGAAGAAAUUAAAAGGUCAUAAACCAAAAGGAUUUGAAGAGACGCGUCGUCAAAGUUUUUUCUUAAAUGAUACCAAGUCAGCUAUAGUACCAUUAGAACAAGUGAAUCUUACGAAAAUGAUUCAAGGUAGAGAUAGUAGGUUUAAAAAAUAUUUAGAAAGUUAUAUACAAUUGUAUGGAGAAGAUGCAGAAGAUAAAUUAAUCAAAAGAGCAUUACCAUUAAUACCUGAAGAACCUAAUUUAAAUGAUAUAGUUGAGAUAUUAGAAGGUAGAGAAAAUGUUAUUGAGGAAAAAAAUUUGAUGACAUCUGAUGAUAUGAUAGCAGCUUUGAAAAAUUCAAAAUCAUAUGGUGAUCAAAUUACAGCUAUUCAUCAACUAAAUUAUGAAUCUCCUGCAAGGUAUAAGGAUCCACCACAAUUUCACCCUGAAUUAGAAGAACUUAUAUUUAGCAAUGUUGAUUCGCUUUAUACACAUCAAGCAGAAGCUUUACAUGCAUUAUUAGAUGAAAGUACUAAUUCACAUGUAAUCGUUAGUACAUCGACAGCAUCUGGUAAAUCAUUCAUAUAUCAAUUACCAGUACUUAAUUCAAUAUUAUGGGAUAUAACAAAUGGAUUGAAAGGGAGAAAGACAACAGCUUUAUUCAUUUUCCCUACAAAAGCAUUAGCACAAGAUCAAAUACGGCAUUUUCAAGAAUUUUUGAAUCAGUUACCUAGUAAUAGUCGACGUCCAAUAAUAAUUAAUACUUAUGAUGGUGAUACACCUUUUGCUGAAAGAAAUAGAAUUCUGAAAGAAUCUGAUAUUUUGUUUACGAAUCCUGAUACAAUUCAUGCUUCAAUUUUACCAAAUAAUAAAUUUGAUAAUUGGGCAGAUUUCAUGAGGGCAUUGAAAUAUGUUGUUGUUGAUGAACUACAUAUCUACAAGGGUACUUUUGGUAUCAAUGUUGGAUAUGUCAUGGCAAGAUUACAACGAAUUAAACAUAAAUUUGAUUCGAGUUUUAAAUUUAUUUCAUGUUCAGCAACAAUAAACAAUCCUACAAAUCAUUUUAAAACAGUUUGUGCAAUUCCAGAUAGUGAUAAUGUUAUCCAUGUUUCAGAUGAUGGAAGUGCUAGGUGUGAAAAAAAAUUAUUGAUUUGGAAUCCACCUGUAUUAAUGAAUCAACGUGGUGAAAAGGGCCCAGCUGAUUCAAGUAGUAAUUUAAUUCCACGAGUAAGUAUGGUUUCAGAACUGGCUAGAUUAUUACUUACGUUGUUGACUGAAUUAAAAGGAAUCAAAGUUAUUAUAUUUUGCCCCAUUAGAGUUGUGGUUGAAUCGGUAAUGAGAGAAAUCAGAUAUCUAUUACAAAAUUCAUACUCGAAAUGUGGUAUUGAUCAAAGUGAAAUAAUGUCUUAUAGAGGUGGGUAUAGUAAGUCUGAUAGACGUAUAAUAGAGAAGAAAAUGUUCGAAGGUCAAUUAAGAGCUAUUGUUGCUACUAAUGCGUUGGAAUUGGGGAUUGAUUUAUCUGACUUGGAUGUUGUAAUUACAUGUGGUUUCCCAAUGCUGAAACUGAAUUUACAUCAACAAUUUGGUAGAGCAGGUAGAGCGAAAAAUGCUAAAGGUAGUUUAGCUAUAUUUGUUGUAGGUAGAUCUCCAGUAGAUCAAUAUUAUUUGGAAAAUUCAGAAGAAUUGGUUCAUAAUACUUAUGAAGACUUGUGUGUUGAUAGUUUAAGAGAUAUGGAACAUGGACUGUUGAUAUUGGAAAGACACUUACAAUGUGCAGCUUAUGAAGAUCCCAUAGAUGUUAAUGAUGAUUAUCGAUGGUUUUCUCAUGGACGAAGUUUUAAAGAGUUUGAAAAAAUCUUGAAUGAACAUUUGUUAAAAGAUAUUGGUGAGAAAUAUGUUACAAACACCAAAUAUUUACCAAAGCCUAGUAAAUUAGUUCCAAUAAGAGCUAUUGAUGAUACUACAGUUGCAGUUGUUGAUAUCACUAACGGAAGAAAUAUUGUUAUUGAAGAAGUUGAAUGGCAAAGAACUACUUUUACAAUCUAUGAAGGAGGUAUAUUCUUACAUCAAGGUCAAUCAUAUUUAGUUAAAGAAUUUAAUUCUGAUCAAAAAUACGCAAAAGUAGAAAGAGUUAAUGUUGAUUGGACUACAUCACAAAGAGAUUAUUCUGAUGUAGAUCCAGAAGAAGUAGAAUUAGUAAAACCAUUAGCUACAAAAGCAAUUGAUUUACCUGUAUUUUUUGGAAUUAUUAAAGUAACAAUGAGAGUAUUUGGAUUCUUUAAAGUAAAUAGAAAAGAAGAAAUUCUUGAAGUGGUUGAAGUUGAUAAUCCACCAGUUAUAUCAUAUGCAAAAGGUUGUUGGUUAAAUAUUCCUCGUUUAGCUAUUGAUAUAAUUAUUGCUAAAAAAUUAUCUGCAGCUGGGGGUAUUCAUGCAGCUGAACAUGCAAUUAUGAAUAUGUUACCAAUACAUAUAAAUACAUCAAAAAGUAAUACAAAUAUGGGUGAUUUUGAAAUGGGAACAGAAUGUAAAGCACCUACAAAAGAAUUUAAAUCAACUGAAUCUACAAGGAAAAGACCAGCAAGACUUAUAUUUUAUGAUACAAAGGGAAAUAGAAGUGGUUCAGGUUUUUCUUACAAGACAUUUGAAUGUAUUGAUGAAUUAUUACAAACUACUUUCGAUAGAAUUAAACAUUGUCAAUGUCAAUGGGGUUGUCCAUUAUGUGUUGUAGGUAAUACAUGUCGUGAACAACUGAUUGUAAUAUCAAGACCGGCAUCAUUAAUAGUUAUAGCAUCAUUAUUAGGAAUUGAUUUAUUGGAAUUAGCAAAUGAAUUACCAGAUGGACCAGAACCAGGUUUACCACAUUUUCACCCAAUGUUAAAAUUUUAA